AUGGCUCAGAAUUUCCCUCCAUCCCGCCGUGCGGCAGAUACAUGUGCCAUACCGGCGUUCGACGCUCUUCGUCGUCAAUUGGAUGAAAUUCAACGUAAUAUUCAAAAGACCUCUCAAGGGAAUAUUAAUUUAGCAGAAAUGCAAAAACAAUGCGAUGCAUUACAACAAGAAAGCAGAGAGAUACUCUCUGCUACUGCACAGAAGCAGUUACUUGCUCAAGAACAUCUUUAUUAUGUUACAAAGCGCACAAAAGAAAUUAGUGACAUCAUCAAUGGACUGAAAGAAGCUGAAUCGGUAGAUGUUUGUUUUAUGAUGGAUUGUACCAAUAGUAUGAGAAAAUAUAUCGACCAAGUAAAACAAUAUAUAUUUAAUACAGUUGAUCUGUUAAAAGUUCGUUUUCCGCAGUUAAAAAUGCGUCUCGCAUUCAUCGGGUAUCGUGAUCUAAACCUACCUUUAGACAAACAAUAUAGUACUUUGGAUUUUACAGAUGUAGAAGAAUUUCACAGGUUUGUUUUGAAUGUGGCAUGCGAAUUCGGUGGUGACAUUUGCGAAGAUGUUCUGGGAGGAUUACAGCAAGUAACAAAACUUGAAUGGAAACAGCUGGUGCGUAUUAUGAUACAUGUUGGUGACGCGCCAGCGCAUGGUCGACGUUAUCAUGAUUUGUCAGAUCAGCAUGUCUACUAUCUAGCGAACGAUAAUGAUGGAUCAAUUGGGUACAGUUAUAUUCAAGAAUUGAUUGACUUGAAUGUGAAAUAUUAUUUUGGUCGUUUGACAUCGACGACGGACAAAAUGAUCGAACAGUUUCGUAAUUAUGCAGAAAACAAAAUAACAAUUGAAGAGAUUGAUCUCAACAAAUUUGAAAAUUUAUUACCAUUUAUCGUUGAAAGUAUAUCUCAAUCAAUUUCGGCAACAACGUCAUCUUUAUUAAGAAGCCAUGCUGAAAAUGAUCCUGAAGCUGUUAAUGCAAAUCACACAUCCGCAAAAAACAACCAACGUAAUAUAGUUUUUCAAAAGACCGAGCCCACCUGGUCAAAUAUAACAUCUAAACGUGUGCAAGUCAUCAGGUAUGAAUGUAAUGAACAGUUACAAUGCACUCCAAGAACUCAAAGUUGGCAUAUAAAAAUCGCCGAAAAUCCUUUUUCUGAAGGUGCAUUGCGCCUGGCCUAUUAUGGUCUCAUGCAAUAUAAAGACCAUUGGGAGAAAGUUGUUCUUAAAGAAUAUAAACAUACUAAUCGUGGUGCUAAUACAAAAGACAAAUAUUUAGACGUUCUGGAUUGUCAAACAAUUGCUUGUUAUUUUGCACUAGAAUUUAACGAAAUACCACAACUAAAUAAUCUUACGGUUUAUGUUAAAAAAAUAAAAUUUAUAAUGGCAAAAC